AUGCCUCCCGGGGAACGUCAAGUUAACCUAGUCACCCAGAGCGCCUCCUCGAGGAUAGCGAUUAAUGGCAGAGGCGACGCGCCUACACCCAUCGAGUUCUUCAUCAUUCUUGAGGCUGUGCGCAAGUACAUCUCAGCUCGUCCCGUCUAUGGACUAGUGCUCGCGAUCGACAACGUAAAGCGAAGCAAGCGCUUGAAGGAAGGCGAUGUCAAGCUGGGCAAUCAUCAUUUCCUCUACCUAAGGGACGAGGAUGGUGACCGGCUUCGAAACGAGGAACGAGUUGUACAAGUCGUGGAGUUUUGCGAUGCUGUCCAGCGUCGUUUAGACCAAGUCCCCCAGAAGACCGCAAAAAGCCAGAGUCCUGGCGCGACAUUCAAGCUUGCCCAGAUACUGAGACGUUUAGCCCCGCGCCACCUCACCAUCACACAACGCUUAUUGCUCCGGCCCGUAUCCGGCGAUGCUUGUUCUAACGUGAGGCUGCAAUGCGCGUUGGCCGGCUGCCCCCUUCGAAUGAAAACACUAGGAGCCCCUCGUCAAACACUGUCAUAA